GUCGCAAAUACAGUGCAAUAUUCGUGUCACGUUUACACACGGAAUGAGUAAUCCUCCUUUUGAUUAUUCACUGCUACGGUUUAUAAGACACUGGAAAUAUUUGUAAAUGCGCAGAACAAUUUGCUUAACGUUGAGACACCUAACAUACACAAUACACAACUGUAAUUUUCAAUAAAAAUGUUUACACACUCAUUUAAAGUGAACUGUUUAGUGGUUUUGUUGUUUACAUCAUUUUACGGAAUAUUUGCUCAAAUUGACUAUGAAACAUGCGACAAAAACGGAAUUCACUUUUAUGAAGAACUAGGAUGUAAACCUCAAAUGACAGGAUCACAACCAUGUCCUGAUAGUUACAAAUGUAAAGAUUAUAUUAUUCCAAAUGGAAAGUGUUUGUUUUACGGUAAAGAAUUAAAUAAUGGCGAUAUUGCUGACGGAAGUUAUUGUAACAAAGGUUUUGAAUGUCGAGCUGAACCAAACAGUAAAGGAACAUUUGAAAACUUACUUAUAAUCGAUUGUUUCUUUGGUCCCAAUACUGACGGCUGCUACAACACUGGAGAACUAAGAAGAUGCUGCCAAACAGAGUUUUGUCCUACUGGACCUGUAUAUGAAUGCCAAGUAGGCAACACAACAUACAAAGAAGACCAAGUCUUCACACCAGAAGGCACCUGCUAUAAUUGCAUCUGCACACCAGGUUUCCGCGGUAUAUACGAAGAACCUUAUUGCAUAAGAAGGCCAUGUGACAUGGAAUUACGUAGCUCCACACAACUGGAAAAGAAAUGCGCACCAGUUUAUUACAAUGAUGACGCGCUGUGUUGUCCAGCCGAAUUUUUAUGCGCUGAAGAUGUAACUUCAACGACUCUGGUUACAAAAGCCCCCGAAAGUAAAAGUCAAUGUACAUUUGGAUCCAAUACCUAUAACAUCGGUGAUCAAAUACAAGUUGUUGCUAAAAAUCAAUGGAGUAGUAAUAUUCAACGCACAUGCGAAUGCAUUGUCCCGCCAUAUUUAGCAUGUGAAAAUUCCUUCUCUAUUGCAAAUUAAAGUGUAUUUUUAAUUUAUGAUUACAUAUAGAUAUAUAAUUACAUAA